AUGUAUUCAGCGAAAAAGUCUCAUCCCGCUCCUGUUGGGAAUUCUCCUUGCAAACUCUCGCCAUAUAAGAAGGGUGGUGCUGCUUCUGAUCGUGUUGCUGAUGAUAUGGACAGUCGAACUCCAAGCUCUAAGCCAAUCUCAGCAAACCAAUCGCGAUUUCUUGAAAUAGAUUCCAAUGCCAAACCAGUUCCUCAACUCAAUCCUCCUCAAACCAAAACUCGAGACCAAGUUAUCAAACCCAUCACAAGAAAACCACCACCAGUUUGUAAUCCUAAGAUCUCAGAUUCAUUAUUCGGUCUUAACCGUCAUACCACGACUUCUCAACAAACCACUUCAUGUCCAUCUCCGAUUAUUUCAGAUCAACCAAACCUUUCUCAUAAAUCCAUCAAACAUAAACCUUCAACUAGUUCUUUAAAGAAACAUAACCCAUUUAAUCUUAAUGCAAAAGAAGCAUUCGACAGAUUCAUUAAAUCAGCUAAACGGAAUCUAACACUUGAUUCCUCAUCAUCUAAACCCAAUCAUCCAUCUAACAAGUCAAAAUUAAAAUCAAGACCGACUGUAACUAAUAAACUAAUGAUUUCAUAUCCAAAAAGAAUUCAUACACCAGAUUUUGAUUUUAUUAAGACACCUAGAUAUGAGAUUCAAGAAAUCAAACCAAAAGUAGAAUUAAGAAGAUGUUCAAGUACAACCUCAACUACUUUAAAUUCCAAACUUAAACCGUAUCUUUUACAUCGACAGAAUCCCACUACAACUAGUCCUACUCCAGCCAUUAAAAGAUCUCAAACUUGUGGAAGACGUGUUUUGAAUUUAAAUCAUUUCUCACCAUCCAAUUGUAAAUCUAAACUAGAAAUCGUUGAUCCAAUCACUCAUCCUAAUCCUUUUCCAAAACUCGGAUCUAUUCCUGAAAACGAAGUGAUUCCUAAACAUACUUCUUUUCCUACUGAAACCCAAAAAAGUCAAGACGAGUUAACUUUGUGUGGUACAGAUCCCAAGAGUUAUGACCCCAAGCUUUCAAGUGAACUUCAAGAACAACAAGACCGAGAGUAUUCUGCUCAACUUUCUCCACCGAUUGAAGAGAUUGGAUUAGCUAUGCUUCCAGAAGACAAUACAGAAAAAGAUUUACCUUCAAGACGUUCAAUUCAAGUUCAAGACUCCGAUGAAAAGUUUAGUCGUAGAAACUCGAUGAAAAAAGAUGCAAGGAAUGAUGCUUCAGAAGGUCUUCAGAAGGUUUCAUCCAGUUGGAAAGCAUUCCAUGAUUCUAAUUCUAUCAAAGAUAGUCCUAAUCCACUUUCGAUCCCAUUACCUAGCACACCACCAUCAAGGUUUUCGAUGCUAGAAUCUGCGAUCCAUUCCUUAAGUCCUACUACAAAGCAUCCAUCCAAAACGUACUUCAAAACGAAAAUCAUUGAGAAAUCUACUUACACACCUCAUUCUCGUUCCCCAUUUCUUAAAAAACAUACGACCAAUCUAUUUGAUCAUUCUAAACAUGAAGAUGAAUUGAAGAAGAAGAACGGGUCGGGUUCAAAUGGUGCAAGGGAUUCAGGUGGUUCUAAUUACUCUCAAACUUCUGCAUCGGUUCAUCAUGAAGAUACCAUUCAAGAAGAUAUCUCACUUACUCUUAUGGGUUGUGGGUCUUCUUAUACACCUUAUAAUCUUCAAAGGUUUUAUUCUAAUAUGUCGUCGAACCAUUGUCAUCCUACAACUCAUUUUAAUUCUCCUGCUUUGGGUUCUGAUCAUGAGAAGGAAUUGAAUCGAUCUGAGGUUGAAGAGAAAGGAAAAUUAAAUCAAGAUGGAGAAAAAGAAAGUAAAGUAGAUGUUCAAAUUAAAGAAGAAGUUCGAAUUGAAAAAGAAAAAGAAACUCAAAAAGAAAUCGAAAUUGAAAAUCUUAAAAGUAAAAGUAGUAAAAAGAAAUCUUUCAAUAGGUUAUCGAAUUUAUUAAGUUUAGAAAAAAGUGAAAUCGAUUAUAAAUCUGAUUGGUACUUUGAUUUAAUCAAAUCUUUAUCUAAAGUUAAAGUUUAA